CUCCCAAAUUGAAACCUUUUUCGGUGGAUGAGCCUUGCGUAUAAAUCUCCAUCCAGGCCGCCUCUCGUCCAAGGCCUAAUAGUCUUGGUACUCAUCCGCAGCAAUGGUAUCCCUCGCUCCCACAACCCCAGUGUCGCUCCUUGGACGCCACCGCAUCCUGUCACCGACCGCCGGUGCGCGCGUCUCUCCACUCUGCCUCGGCGCCAUGAAUUUCGGCGACGCAUGGAAAUCGGUAUUGGGCGAAUGCAGCAAAGAAACCGCCUUCGCCAUGCUCGACUACUUCUACAGCCAAGGCGGCAACUUCAUCGACACGGCCGUCAACUACCAAUAUGGCGAGAGUGAGUCGUGGCUCGGCGAGUGGAUGGAGCAGAGGGGACGCCGGGAUGAGAUGAUGCUUGCGACCAAGUUCACGGGCAGCCAGACCAGCCAUUUGGGGGAUAAGGUUAUCCAGAGCAACUUUUCCGGGAACAGUGCAAAGAACAUAUACACGAGUGUUGAGCGGAGCUUGAGGAACCUGCGCACUUCGUACAUCGACCUGUACUACAUCCAUCUUUGGGACUCUACAACUUCUAUCCCGGAGCUCAUGCAUGCCCUUAACGAUCUCGUCACCGCCCGCAAAGUCCUGUACCUCGGUAUAUCUGACACGCCAGCCUGGGUCGUCGUCAAGGCAAACUGCUACGCGCGUCAGCACGGCCUGCGCCAAUUCAGUGUGUACCAAGGUCGUUGGAGCGCCGCAGACCGCGACUUUGAGCGCGAUAUCAUCCCCAUGUGCAUGGAUGAGGGGAUGGCUCUUGCGCCGUGGGGCGUGCUGGGUGGUGGAUCCUUCAAGAGUAAGGAGCAGAAGGAGAAGGAUGGCGCAGGUCGCUCGUCCGUGUUCCAGCGCGGCAGGAGCGGGAAGGAAGAGCGGGUUGGCGAAGUCCUCGCCAGCAUUGCCGAGAAGAAAGGCACGCUUAUCACUUCCGUCGCCCUCGCCUAUGUCAUGCACAAAGCGCCGUACACGUUUCCCAUCGUGGGAGGCCGAAAGGUUGAGCAUCUGAAGGGAAACAUCGAGGCUUUGUCCCUGCGCUUGACGGACGACGAGAUGAAGGAGAUUGAUGGCGCGUACGGCUUCGAGAUCGGGUUUCCGCACAACUUCGUCAACUCGCAGAACAGGAUGGUCUUGGGCCCUGAAGACAAUUCGUUCAACCAGCGAGGCGGGUACUUUGAUUACGUCGUCAAGCAAAAGCCGAUACCGCCGCACCAGGGGCCGCUGGAUGCGCCUUUCAACGAUGUCCCUCCGCCGAUUGGGCAGAAAAGGGAGUGAGACGGUCUAAAGGAGCUUAGCUAGUAUCGUCCCUCGCCAUAUGCCUCUGU